AUGGCGUAUGCAACUGUUUCCAGAAUAUUGGAGCAACUGGCUUCAAUCAGUAAGCAAGUGAAACAACAAGGUGAGAAGCUAGCAGUGGGCGUCGACAAAGAAGUUGAAAUGCUGCGCGCCAAACUUGGAGCCAUUCAAGCCGUGCUCUUGGAUGCAGAACAAAGACGGUGGAAGGAUGAAGCUGUGAGUGUUUGGCUUGGGGAGCUCAAAGACACGUGCUAUGACUUAGAAGACGUGUUGGAUGAGUGGAAAACUGCUUUGUUGAAAUUGCAAAUCGAGGGAGAUCAAGAAAAUGUUCAUGUUCCUAAGAAGGUACCUUUCUUUCCCUUCACUUGCUUCAAUUACAAACGAGUCGAUUUACCUCAUCAAAUUGCUCUCAAGAUCAAGGAUAUAACUAGAAAUCUAGUUGUUAUCGCCGAACGGGAAGUUUGUUUUCGGCUUCAAUUCCUGACUAGUGAAAUAUCAGAGACUGUCUCCUCAAUAGAGGUGUCUGAUAUAUAUGGUCGAGAUAUCGAGAAGAAUGCUAUAGUAGAGGAGAAGAAUGCUAUAGUACUACGUAAGUUACUUGAGGGUGGUGAACAGGUAAGAAACCUCCAUAUUAUCUCAAUCGUAGGUAUGGGGGGAACUGGAAAAACCUUUCUUGCUCGAUCUGCCUACAAUGAUUGUCAGAUUGGAAAAAAUUUUGAUGCAAAAAUAUGGGUGGAUGUAUCCAAUGACUUUGAUAUGUUAGCGGUUGGUAAAACAAUCGUUCAAACUAUAAAAGGUUCAGCCCCCGAAGUUGUGGAAUUAGAUUCUCUUUUAAAUAUGAUUCGUGAAAAUAUAGUGGGAAAGAAAUUUCUUCUUGUCUUAGAUGAUGUAUGGACAGAGGAUUAUUCUAACUGGGAUCCAUUCUAUCAUUGUCUGAAAAAUGGUCUCCAUGGAAGUAAAAUUUUGAUUACCACACGUAGGGAGACAGUGGCACGUAUGAUGGAUUCAACUGACACUAUCACCAUUAAUGAACUGGACAACGAAGAAUGUUGGGAAUUAUUUAGAAAAAUAGCCUUUUCUGGUAGGACUCGUGAGGAGAGUGAAAAUUUGGAAGAAAUUGGUAGAAAAAUUGCAGGCAAGUGCAAGGGACUACCUCUUGCUGUAAGGAACAUCGGAGGUAUUUUGCGCUUUAAAAAACAUAGAGAAGAGUGGCUAAGAAUCUUAGAUAGUGAACUGUGGGAAUUGACAGAGUUUAAUAUUCUUCCUUCUCUAUUAUUGAGUUAUAACGAUAUGCCUUCAACGAUAAAACAAUGUUUCUCAUAUUGUGCCAUAUUCCCAGAAGACUACCGUAUAGACAAAGAACAAUUGAUCAAAUUAUGGAUGGCUCAAGGUUUUCUUGGGUUAGAAAAUAAUAUGGAGAUGGAGAGAGUUGGCGAAGAAUAUUUUAAUGACUUAGUAGAACGAUCGAUCCUCCUAGUUAAUACUUCAUCUUAUUGUAUGCAUGAUUUAGUGCAUGACUUGGCUUGUUUUAUCCGAAAGAAGGAGCUCUUAAUAUUAGAAGUCAACGCUCUUGAAAACCCAUCCAUAAAUCUUUCUCUCUAUCAUUUAACAUUAAUUCUUGGGGUAGGGGCUUCAUUUCCUCCAUCCAAAUUUAGUAGUAUGAAAAGUUUGCGUAGCCUUUUAAUUCUAUAUGGAGUUACAAAUUAUCAGUCGAUGAAUGAAAUCAUGCCACGGUUAUUUGGUGAAUUGACACGUUUACGGGCAUUAGAUGUGAGUGGAAAAAUAUGGUAUGAGAAUAUGGUCUUAGACAUUCCGAAAGAGAUAGGAAAAUUGAUAUAUUUGAGAUACCUUAAUUUAUCCCUCUUAAAGAUAAAAGAAUUGCCAAAGGAAUUGUGUGAAUUGUAUAAUUUGCAAACUUUAGAGCUUCGUGGGUGUGCUGAUCUCAAGAGCUUACCUCAAGGGAUGGGAAAGUUAAUCAACUUGAGACAUUUAGUAAAUGAAGGGACUUCACUAACUUACAUGCCAACAGGAAUCGAGAGAUUAACUUGUCUUCGAACGUUAAGUGAAUUUGUUGUGAGCGGUGAUGACAAUGGUGACAAAGCAUGUACCCUGGAAUCUCUGGCAAACAUGACACAUCUUCGAGGGUCUCUUAGAAUAAAAAUGUUGGGGAAUUGGAUUGAGGUUAAUGUGGCCAAAAAAGCAGAACUUCGGAAUAAGGACCUCCUCUUUUUGAAUCUAAAUUUUGAAAAGGAUGCAGAAGAAGAGAGGGCGAAUCUGGAUAGAGAAGGGAACAGGAUGGAUAAAGAUGAACUAGUUCUUGAUGUGUUACAACCACCUCUCAGUUUAGAGAGGCUAGAGAGAUUACAUUCUACAGAGGUAAUGUGUUCCCCAAUUGGAUUAUGUCAUUAA